AUGUCCGAUAUUUCUGUUCUUAAAGGUAUAGAAAAUAAUGGGUUGGACAAAUACAGAUUGGAAGAGUCCGAGGGACAUAAAGAAAUAAAUGUGCAAGGGAAAGAGGAACUUUUUGAACUAGCCAUAGAAUUACCAAAGUUAUAUCGUAAAAAGAAUUAUGAUGUAAUAUGUGCAUUAAUAAGAAAUUAUAUUCAAAGAUAUCCUAAAUGUAUUGAUGGAUAUAUAUGUUUUAGUACCUUUUAUAUGAAAAUAAAAAAGUAUCGAGAUAGUUUGAAUUUAAUAUAUGCAGCUUUAUAUGUAGAUAAAGAAAAUAAAUCCUUAAUAAAUUUGUUAAAAGAAUGUGAAGAAAAGUUAGUUUUAGAAAUAUGUCAAAUACCAGGAAAAUAUAAAAACUGGAUAGGAUAUCCAGAGAGUAGAUUAUCAAAUGACAAAGGCGAUGUUUACAAUUAUAAUGACAAUAUAAAUAAAUAUGACAAUAUAAAUAAAUAUAAUAACAAUGAGGAGAAACAAAUAAAUGCAUAUACAAAUAAAAAUUUAUAUAAUUUGAAAAAAAUGCAAAUUAUGAAACAUGGACAAUAUUAUGUUGCUCUUGCUAAAAAAGAUUUAAUACCAGGAGAAAUAAUAUUUCAGAGUAAACCUUUUAUGUUAACACAACAUAUAAUUAGUGAAGAAUAUACCUAUUCUACAUGUUAUCAUUGUUUAAAAGAAAGAAAAGUAAAAGAAAAAUGUUAUGCUUGUCCUCUCAAUCCACAUACGUGUCCAUAUAUUUUUUGUAGUUGGAAAUGUUUAAUUGAUAAUAUAAAAAUUCAUCAAGUUGAAUGUACUUUAUUACCUAUAAUAUCUGCAGCAGCAAAAGAAAGUAAUUUGAGUUAUUAUAUAGUUCUUCAUAUUUUCCGUGUAUUAAUAAAAUCAAAAAUAAAUAAAGGAUAUAAAGAUAAAGAACAUAAUAUUAUAAAUGACAUAUUUAGUUUACAAUCUUAUUAUUAUUCAGUUAAAGAAAAUCAAAAAGAAUUAUUUGAAUCAUUUAAUAUUCUUUCAAAUAGAAUAAUAUUAGAAUUACCUUCAUCAUUUUAUUUACAUUUAAAACAAAAAGAGCUAGUUGAAUUUAUGUUAAUAAUAUGGCAACAUUCUCCUUUUAUUAAAUAUUAUUCCCCUUCAUCAAUUAUUCAGCAUACAAAUCCAGAGACAGCAUUUGGUCUUUUCUUUUGCCCAUUAAUAUCAAAACUGCAUCACAGUUGUGUUCCUACUUGUAGUAUUCAUUUUGAUGAAUAUGGAAUAUUAUCUGUUCGGUCUUUGUGUAAUAUACCUGAGGGUGGAAAAUUAUGUGUAAGCAUAUUAUCUGAUCAAUAUUUACCCCUCAAAAUUAGAAAGAAUGUUAGAGGCAUGCCCCGUGUCUUUGCUUGUGGUUGCAUCAGAUGUACAGAUCCUACAGAAAAUAAUAUGCAUUUGAGAAGUAUGAAAUGUCCUAGAUGUAUUAUAGGAUAUAUAUACCCUAUAAAAACUGAAGCGCUCAUAGAGGCCUUAAAAUUGUAUCGAUUUGACAAGCAGGCAGAUAUGGCAAGUAAGAAAAGUGGUAUGUCAGAAUAUAAGAUGGUGAGUAAUAAGAUAUAUGACAACCAAACGGAUCAAAUGGGUGAAAAAAAAGGGGAUGACCAAAAAAUUAAUUCGAGCAAAAAUAAUGAUAAUAAUAAUAAUAAUAAUAUUAACAAUAGUGAUAGUAAUAAUAAUAAUAAUAGUUAUCAUUAUAGUAAGGAUGAUGGUAAGCUGUUCAAUAAUAAAGAAAUGAAUGUUUUAAAAAAACUCGGAAACGAAAUGGAGAGAUGGAUAUGCUCUAAUUGUGGUAAGCUAUCCUUUGUAGGUAAUAAGAAAUGUAUAAGAUUAGAAAAUAAGGUUUUUUUAUAUUAUAAUGAAGCUGAAAAGAAUUAUAUGGAUGGAAAUAUAAUUCUUGCUAGAAAACAACUAUUACAUAUAUAUAAAGAAUAUUGUUAUAUAUUAAAUCCUAAUCAUUAUAUAUUAUUUAAUAUUAAUGUAUUACUAGCUGGAUUAUUAAGAUAUGAUCCUAAUAAAGAUUUAUUUAAUUCUUUAUUGCAUUUAAGAAAAGCUAUAAUAUCAGCUGAUAAUGUGUUACCUAUAUGUUCUUUAGAAAAAAUACAUUUACAUACAUGUCUUUCUGAAUAUACAUAUAUGUGUUCUAAUUUAUAUAAAUUAUAUCAUAAGGGCAUGGGCAUAGCACCAGAAUAUAUUAUAGAUCCUUUAUUCUAUGCUAUAUGGAAUUCUUGUGUUAUAACUGGUUAUGAAUCUACAUUAACCAUAAUAUUAUUACAACAGUUAAGAAAUUUCUGUAUCUUAUUAAAUAAGUUUACAAGUCCAUACAACAAAAUAAUAUUUCAUAUUAAUAGAAAAGAAGAAUUUUGUGAUUUUUAUUAUCAAGUCACACAAAAGAAAAAUCAUCCAUUUAAGCAUAUAAAAAAAAUUGUUGAGCAAGAUCCUUUUUAUCCAGUAUAUAUGACUUGUCAACAUUUUCAUAUAAAAGAUAUAAAUAAAAAAUAUUUUAUAAAUAUAUUAAAAAGUUUUAAAAACAUACGUUAUAUAGGAAAUGGAUUAACAGCAUUAUCUUUAGCAGCAUCUGUUGGAAAUAUUGAACUAGUUAAAAUACUUUUGAAAUUAAAUUAUUCUAUUUUUAUAAAAAAUGAAAUGAAUAUGAAUGUUCUUUUAUAUAUGGCUAGUUCCAUUCUUCCAGAUGAACAGCUAGUAUACCAUUCAAAUUAUUAUUACACUUUGAUGAAAGAGAUACAAUUGCAGCAUGUUAAUUUUGAUACAUUCCAAAAUGAAUAUGGAAGAUACAUAAAUGUUAUAUCAAAUAAAAUGGAACAAAAAGAAUUGAUUAAAAGAAAUAAAACAAACCAAUAUGAAAUAAAUAAUACAUAUAAUAAUAAUAAUAAUAAUGAUGAUGAUGCCAAAUGUAAUAUUAUUUGUGAUAUAAAACAUAUAGAUUCACAAAAUAUGCAAUCCUAUCAAUUAGAAAUGACAUUCCCUUUUAAUGAUAUGCCACUUGAUGAUGAUUUCAUAUAUGGAGAAAAAAGCAGAGAAAUAGAUUCAAAACAAGCAACCAUUUUAAUACUCUUCCUAACUUAUUUAGAUAAACUACAAAUAAAAAGAAAAAAAAGCUAUAAAAUCAAAUAUAAUAAGAAAUGGAAUUUAAGUGAAAGAAUUCAAUCCUUUCAAAAAAAAAAAAAAAAAAAAAAAAAAAAAAAAAUUAAAAAAAUUAAAAAUCUAAUACAUAAUGGAACUAAAUAUGGUUUGAAUAUAAAUCGAAAUAAUGAUAUGUCUAAUGAGGUUGAUAUUAAACUGGAUAGAAAAAUAAAUAAUGAUAAGAGUAAAGAUGAUGAAAAUGGAUCAACGGACGGAAAAAUUUUAAAUAAUAAUAAUAAUAUAAGUGAUGAUGAUACAAGUGGUGAUGAUGCAAGUGGUGAUGAUACAACUAGUGAUGAUACAACUAGUGAUGAUACAACUAGUGACGAUAUAAAUGGUGACCAUAUAAAUGGUAACGAUAUAAAUGGUAACCAUAUAAAUGGUGACGAUACAGAUGAAUAUUCUUGUGAUGAUAGUUCCCUUUCAGAUAGCUCAGAUGUAAUAUUAAACAGCAAGAUAAGAAAUUACUAUACCACCAAAUUGUUAACUAAAUCUGUAUCUCAUAAAAUUUUAGGGUCGAACAAUGCAUUGCAUUAUGCAUGUGCAAGAGGAAAAAAAGAACUAGUAAAACAACUGAUUAUAAGUGGUAUACCUAUAAAUCUUUUAAACAAUGAAGGAGCCACAGGAUUGCAUUUAGCAUGUUUAAAUGGACAUAAAGAAAUAGUAGAUAUAUUACUUGAACAUAAGAACGAUAGUUUAAUUAAUAGUAUAACAUGUCAUGGAGAAACACCAUUAAUGUUAGGUGCUUAUGGUUUACAUUAUAAUGUUGUAAAGAUAUUGAUUGAAAAAAAAGCAAAAAUUAUUGUUAAUAAAAAAGAAACAUUAUUACAUUGUUUAGUAUAUGGAUUAUUAAGAAUGCAUACUAUAUAUUAUAAAAGUAAUAAAUAUAUAGAUAAUGAUACAUCUUAUUUAUCUAUACAACAAUUCAAUGAAUUAUAUUCAUCCAAAUAUUUUACACAAGGAGGAGAAUCAUCUUAUCUAAAUAUAAAUUUCUCUACAUCAUAUAUACCUAUAAUAGAAAAUUUACCAAAUGACUUUUUUUUAUUACCAUUCAAAUUAUUACAUAGAUUAAAAAAAGCAAUACUUAUUUUAAAAUAUAUUAUGCAUCUAUGUCCUAUAUAUUUAUAUGAAGUCAAAAAUAAUAAUGGUUAUAAUCCUUACGAAUUAUUAAAAGCAAUGUGGUCAAAAAUGUGUGAAAGGAGAAUCUAUGUCUUAUCUGUUUCUGAUAUAAAAAUCGCAUCAUUUAACGAACAACAAAGGAAUCUAGUUUUUCAAGCAUGGUCUCUUAUAACAUCUUUGGUCAAUCUACUCUCUUCUAUUCUGCAGCCUGACAAAUCUGUAUUGACAUCGAUUUAUAAAAAUUUUAUUUAUGUGGAUAGUACUGAUAAGGUUAAGCUUGUGUCGGAUGGGCCAGAUAAAAAAGAGGGGGAAGAAAAAAAAAUUAAAGAUGAUAAAAAUGAUCAAGGUGACCAAAAAAAUAAAGAUGAUAAAAAUGAUCAAGGUGAAGAAAAAAUUAAAGAUGAUAAAAAUGAUCAAGGUGACGAAAAAAAUAAAGAUGACAAAAAUGAUCAAAGUGACGAAAAAAAUAAAGAUGACAUAAAUGAAAAAGAUGACGAAAAAAAUAAAGAUGACAUAAAUGAAAAAGGUGACGAAAAAAAUAAAGAUGAUAAAAAUUAUCAAAGUGACGAAAAAAAUAAAGUUCAAGGUCUAAAUAAGGACGGUAAGUCGACUACCUUAGUAGAUGAUAAACAAACUACACUUAAACGCAACCACGUUGAUGAUAUAAAAAUAAAAGAGAAACCCAAAAUGUUUAAAAAAACAUUAUUUAAGAAAAUGAAACCCCCAGCAUUGAAAUAA